CAGAAGAGGCGAAAAACAUUAAAAGUUGCCGGCAGUUAUUUAUAGAUUGAUCACAUGACGUUACAAGAUGGAGGAGGUGGAUAAAAUUGUUAUUCACUCUCUAAAUGUGAUCGGAUGUGAUUUGGAUGAAGACAUCCAGAGUUUGAGACAGUUUAGUACAGAAUUGAUUGUGUCAUCUGCUAUACGUUGUCUCAAAGUAAUCAACAAUGAAGUCGACCUUCCAAACUCCUUACCAAGUGGAAUGUCCGCUAGAUUCAGAACAGGAACUAGUUUGGCAUCCAUUAUACAGGAACUUGGAUACAAAGGAGAAAUCGGUUAUCAGACAUUUUUAUAUUCCAAUGAAACAGAGAUCAGAAAAGUGUUCAUGUUUCUUAUUGAUAAACUGCCUAAAGAUAAAGUGGAAACAGAAGAGGAACCAUUAGGUGCCUCGGCAUUAUUGCAAAGAACAAUAUCAGCCUCUGUAGCACGAUAUCUAGACUCUCCAUGGGUCCCUCCAUAUUUAAAGAGCAAAAAUAUAACAUGGAGAGGAAAACCUCAAGUCUGGCAAAAAGAGGGAACCAUGUCUGCAUGUAAAUAUCAUUCCUGUCAUGUGAGAUCUCCACAUGGUAUGGGUGACCUAACAAAGAAAAUAUCAAAAGAAGUUAGAUCCUAUUAUUCUGAAAGUCUUCCAUACAUUACCAAUCAAACCAUACAUCACUGUGAUACAGCGCCAUCUGUCAUGGAGGACUUGGCCUCGGAACUAACGGCACAACAAGAAUGGGAAAAUGAAUGGAAUACAAUUGGUCUUCCUUCAAGACUCUCAGAACAGGAAUACAGAGCCAGGAAAAGACAAAGAAUAAAGAAAAGAUUGAAAGACAAUUUACGGUCUGAUGUCCAGAGGAGUGGUGAUUUGACUUCAUCAAAAUCUGCCAUGGACCUACAACAGAUGAUAGAUUCCAUGGGUAACAGAUCAUCUGGUUCUACAAAAACUAAAGGGUCAAGGUUUACACAUACUGAACAACUUAUUUAUGGAAAGGAUGAAGAGAAGACAUUAUCACAGAUACAGAAACCUGAAAUAGAUAAAAGUCACACAGAGGAGGAACUCCAAAAAGAGAGAGAAGAGGAUAUAGAAAAUAUAAAAACAGAAUAUAACAAUUUAAUAUCAAAAAUAGACAAUUUAGAACUUGAAUCUAAAAAGCUUACAGCUUCAAUGAAACAAAUGGAAGAUCAAAUUUCAACGCUAUUACAACAGAACCAAGAUAAAGAAGAGUCUUAUAAAGUCAAGAAACGCACACUUGACUUGUUACCUGAUGCAGAAAAUAAUAUUACCAAAAUACAGUCAGUUGUAGAUAGUAGUGCACAACGCCUGGUAACCUUAGCUAAUCAAUGGGAGAAACACAGAGCACCAUUGAUAGAGCAGUACAGGGAGCUUAAAGAUCUUAAUUCAAAGAAAGAGUCUGAAGCAGAGAAAAAGUUAGAAGAGAUUAAAGCAUUCCGAUCAAAAAUGAAAGAAGUAGCUGAUGAUGCUAGACAGAAAGAGGAGUUACAAAAACAAUUGAUAGCUGAGUAUGAGAGAAUGACAAAAGAUGUCAACAGGUCAGCUUAUACUAAAAGGAUCAUGGAGAUCGUAUCAAAUAUUAAAAAACAAAAAGACGGCAUUAACCAGGUAUUAGUAGACACCAGAUCAGUACAGAAAGAAAUCAACAUGUUAUCUGGUAAACUGGAUCGAACAUUUACUGUAACAGAUGAACUUAUAUUCAGGGAUGCUAAAAAGGAUGAAUCUGUGAAGAAAGCAUACAGGAAUUUAGCAGCAUUACAUGAGAAUUUUGAACAGCUUAUACAAACAGUGACACAAACUGGUACCAUUAUGAGGGAGAUAAGAGAAUUAGAGGACCAGAUUGAACAUGAGAGUAAGAGUAAGGUGUUAACAAAUCUAGAAAAGAUUACAUCCGAUUACCAACAAAUGAAGAAAGAAAAUUCUACAAUGGCCACUAAAUUUAAACAGCAGAAAUCUUGAUAGAUAAUGAUAAAGCGUACCAUGUGCCAAAACAGAAUAGACACAAAGCAUCAUUGCUUCCGUAAUUGAAAGUCCGUAAAGGUUGAAUAGAAUAAUACUCUGAAAAUAUAUUUUUUCACUGAAUCAUGUCUGCUAACUAUUUUGUUUUAAAUUUGUAGACUCUUUAAAAAGCAUAUUAUGAAAUGAUUUGUGUAUUGACUUUCUUAUUUGUUAUAUUAUUUUAUUUACCAAAUGAGGUAUCCAUUUAUCCAACCUAUGUUAAUGCUUAGGCUAUAAUCAAAAUAUUUCUAGAUUCUUUAAAAUAUCAUAGACAACUUUUUAACAUUAAGCUAACAAACAAUCUAUUUAUGACUUUAUUCCUAUGAGCAUAUUGUUUUCUGGUGUUGCUUCAUAGGAAAUAAGUACUUUUGAUUUUAUUGAUUGGUUUUAAGAAUAAACAUGUUAUUUGAAAAUAAAGGAAUGGUCAAAGGAAAUUGUGAAAAAAAACCACAAAAAACUCAAAACUAAAGCUAUAAAACAAAGAUGAAGACAAAAUUUUCUCCCCAUUUAAGGUCUUUGUCAAGGAUUGUUGUACAGGGAAUUACAUAAUCAAAUUACAUAAGAACUGAACUGAGUGACAAUUGGCCAUUCAACGUUUCUACUUUUAAAUGGGAUAACAUAGAAUACAGAAAAGAAAUGAUUGAAAGUAGGUUAAAAUCUAAAAAAUAUUUUUCUUAUGGUCUUGUUAGUUAUUAUUUUUAAAUCUUAUAUAGUUCCCUCUUAGUUAGAUUAUUUCCCCCGUUUCACAUUGCAUUUUGUAUAUUUAUUUCUUAUACUACGGUAUGCAUAUGUUUAAAAGGCAUUAAUAAUAUUAACAAAAAAUUAUAUGGGAAAAGUCACUUAUAAACCAUGUACAGAUUAGUUUAACUUAUGGUCAAUUUUGUCUGAAUAGACCACUUUCGAGUUCAUCCGUCACCGGAAUAAACUGGUCAAUUAUACACGCCUUUAUCACCGUCAUUUGUGCGUUUAGAGGCGUCGUCACUUCCGUUCCAAUGUUGAGCGAGUGGUUGGAAAACUAUAAUUCUAUAUUGUACGAAUUAUUCGGCAAAUUGAAUUCUCAAAAUUUACAAUCAACACUGCUGUCAUUAGGGAAUUGUCAGUAAGUACCUACAGAGCAACCAUUAUUUCUAGUUUAUCCUGCACAAAGACGAUCACUAAGACGCUUGAUGAACCUAAAUAAUGCAGGGAUACAGGCGACCCCCUCUAUCUGGUAAAUGACGUCAUAGAGGUGUGCAUAAUUGACGAGUUUUUGCCGGUGACGGACGAACUCGAAAGUGGUCUUGUUUUCUAUUUAUUUUUUAUCAAAGUCAAUAUCAGAAACAGACAUGUUUCAUACAUUGGAAAGUCAGUUUUUUCUUUAAUUCAAUGUCAACUUUAAUUUGCUGUCAUUUAAGUAUAUGUAUAGACAUAUAAAAGCUGUCUUCAUUAGUAUUCUAUACCCUUUUUUUAAAUUUCUAUUAUAAGUUUUUUCAAUUUUAUUUGCAUGCUUGUUCGUUUUUGUCGAGCCUGCAACUUUUGUUGCAGAAAGCUUGACCUAGGGAUACUGAUCCGGCGGCAGCGGCGGUGUUAGCUAACUUCUUAAAAGCUUUAUAUUUUAGAAGGUAGAAGACCUGGAUGCUUCAUACUUUGUAUAUAGAUGCCUCAUGUUACGAACUUUCUGCCAGUCACAUUUCCAAUGUCCUUGACCUCAUUUUCAUGGUUCAGUGACUACUUGAAAAAAAAGUUAAUAUUUUUUAUAAUGUUAAAUUCUCUCUUAUUACAAGUAAUUGGAUAACUAUAUUUGGUAUGUGCGUACCUUGCAAAGUCCUCAUGCCUGUCAGACAGUAUUCACUUGACCUCAACCUCAUUUCAUGGAUCAGUGGACAAGGUUAAAAUUUGGUUGUCAAGUCCAUAUCCAAGAUACUAUAAGCAAUAGGUCUAGUAUAUUCAGUGUAUGGAAGGACUGUAAGGUGUACAUGUCCAACCGACAGGUGUUAUCUGACCGUGACCUUUUUUUAUGGUUCAGUGGUUAUAGUUAAGUUUUUAGCUCACCUGGCCUGAAGGGCCAAGUGAGCUUUUCCCAUCACUUUGCGUCCGGCGUCGUCCGGCGUCGUCAUUAACUUUUACCAAAAUCUUCUCCUCUGAAACUACUGGGCCAAAUUAAACAAAACUUGGCCAAAAUCAUCAUUGGAGUAUUUAGUUUAAAAAUUGUGUCCGGUGACCCGGCCAAC